UAAAAAUAAAAAGCAGUGCUCAUUUGUAGGAGAGGCUUGUGUGUUGUUGGUAAAAAAACAGAUGGUUGGUCUAACCCCAGUAGGGAUUAUUAUUAGGGCUUAUAUUCUAUUCGUUCAUUAUUUGGCCAACACCAAAAAGUAUUACUCUGUGCCCCGCUCUCCCCUAUGUCUUGCUGGAUGCAUCACAUUGAAGCUGAAUACUUCAAAUGAAUUUAUAUUAUAUCAAUCAAUAUAUGUCAGUUUUGUGGUUUGAGUUUCGCAGAACCCUCUCCAUUUCAUUUGUUGUGCUUCUUUGUCCACAGUUGCAUCAAUUUCUAACUAAUUAUGUAUUUAAGACGGCUUUUGAUCAAUGUAUUUAGCAUAGUUUUCUGUAUUCUAUGUGCUUUGCACAUGUCCUCAGUCAUUUGUUUUUAAAAGAAAACAUUGGUUAGUGCAGGGUCUGGUUACCAUAGUGAAGCGUGUUCUGAGAAUAGAACGCAUUCCAAAAGUGAACUGUAAGCCUUGCAGCACAGGAGAAACUCUUGUUGGUUUGUGGUAGUGGCGUUGAGCGGGUGUGUCUUUCGUUGCGAGUGAAUAUCUAACUCCUGUAGUGAUUCUCAGCGACUGAACAUCUCUGCCCAUUUGAUUGAUUCACGGUGCAAGACCGAAAUCAUCAUCCCAUUUCAGCUACCAGACCCCGAGUUCUUGACAGAAAGUCUGAAAACCAAACUGACAUCAUGGUUGAGCAUCUUCCACUGGGCGUUGACCCCGAGACAUCGGCUGCCAAAAUGGAGAACGACAAGAAGAAGAAAGUGAAAGAGACAAAGAAGAUGAAAAAGAAGAGCAAGGUUGCUUCGUUCACCAGAGCGGCCUUGAGAUGGUUCUGCUUCUCUCCCAGUGAUGAGCCGUUCAGAUUCCCAUCCUCUGAUGAUUAUGAGGUCUAUGAGAAGAGGAUGGUGGAGGAGGAGGAACUGAAGGAGAUGAAGCAGGAGGAGGAGGAGGAGGUGGAGAAGGAGAAGGAGGUGAAAGUGAAAGAGAGGAAGACGAAGAAAAAGAAGAGCAAGGUUGCUUCCUUCACCAGAGCGGCCUUGAGAUGGUUCUGCUUCUCUCCCAGUGAUGAGCCGUUCAGAUUCCCAUCCUCUGAUGAUUAUGAGGUCUAUGAGAAGAGGAUGGUGGAGGAGGAGGAACUGAAGGAGAUGAAGCAGGAGGAGGUGGUGAUGGAGGAGGAGGUGGUGAUGACGGAGGAGGAGGAGGUUGUGAUGACUGAGAAAGUGAACGAUAACACGAAGGAAGAGAAGACAGAGGAGGAGGUCAAGAAAAGAAAGGAGGAGGAGAUAAGCAGCCAGCUGUCAGAGGAGUUCUGGAGAAUGAAAUUAAGGGAGGAGGAGAAGGAAAGUGUGGUGGAGGAAAAUGAGGAAAUAAAACACACUGAAAAAGCGGAAGUGGAGGACAUGGAGAAAGACAAAGUGAAGAAGAAGACAAAGAGGAGAAGGAGGCCGAGGAGAAACCGCAGGGUGGAGGAGGAGGAGGUGAAAGGACAGGAAAGUGAGGAGGUGGAAAAGAGCAUGGAGGAGAAAGAGACAAUAACUGACAUCGUAAGAAAGGAGGAGGUGGAGGAGAGGGUGGCGAACAGGAGGAGGAUGACCACAUGGACAGUUGACAGCUUGAAAGAGGAGUUGAACAGAAAGUUCCCGAUACACAAGCAGCACAUGUGGCCCAACAACAGACCUGCCUCCAAGGCCCAGGCUGCACGGCGGGGGAGAAACCGCCAUAUUCUGUUAUGGGGACAGAGAAACGUGUAGAACUCAAUAAAGUUGUGUUGAACAAAA